GCUCCAUCCCAAACUUGUCAUAAUAAUGCUUGUUACGGCCGAGGGUGGCUCCCGUGUAGUGCGCCGCAUCCUUCUCUGACGUCAUAACCGGAAGUAUGUGUGUUUAACCAAUGAGAUCCAGCCGGUAGUCAGAACGUCACUAUCACCCUUUAGUCUCGCAGCUGUGUUGGACGUGUGUCGUGAGGUGGGUCACAGUACAUAGUAGAAGUGAGAGAUGGUGAAGUUUGCGCUCUGUGUUUAUCACUGAGCGCUUUGGAGGAACUAUUUACAUUCUUGGGGGCAAAGAGGAUUGCUCAGAACAAGUGCUACGGUUCCGGCCUUCGAAAUGGAUUUGUUAGCUGGAUAUUUAGAAGGCCGGCGCUUGUGAUGGUGCCAGGGCUCGGAAAGCAGCAACUUCGCUUGCGCUGCCAUGGCCAACAGCAAUGCCAACAGCUUUCUGCUGCUGUCUGGGCUACAGGAGUGGUCCACUUUACUCGCAGGUUGUGCCGCUCCACAUCUCCGCACGGAGCUACAUGUCUGCAGUACAGAUUUUUAUUAUUGUGAUAACAGUACUAUUAGCUGUGGGGAUCAUUACAUGUGUCCUUAGUCAUUACAAGAUGGGCGCAAGGUCCUGGAGUGAUCAACGUAACAGACAACAAUCUACUCGGCAACUUCAGCAACCUUGUCCUCAACAGCAGCAGUACACAUACUCCUUAACACCAACUACAUCAUCAAUGAUGUACACACCUGCAACUGUUCAAGAAAGGCAACGAUUUGAGGCAGGAGCACAUCAAGAUCAUCUUGUUAGGUUACAUUCAGUUCAGACGGAUUUGGCAUUAAACCUUCCCCAUUCCAUCGCUUUGCCUGAUGGUGAAGAAGGCCCACGAUGUGACACAAAAUUUCUAAAAUUGCAAGAUCCAGAGCAACAUGCAGAAAUCACACGUAGCUUUAUAAGACCACCACCAAAUCGGACCGUUCCAGAUGGCAGUUCUCUUCCGCCUUUCCGGUCUAAUUCCGUAGGCCUCCUGCAGAAACCUUCUACACCACCACUGACUCAAACAGAUACGGCUGUUCUAGUCACGCGGUCCCACAGCGUGAGUUCAAGCAAUGCCCAGGGUGGGAAGCUGGGCUAUCCACGGGGACAAUGCACUCCUGUUUCAAAUCCUAAUGUUUCCUCACACAUUUGGUUACCAUCAUCAGUCGCCAUGAACUCUCGCAUGUCUGGUACCAGCGGGAACUCAAACAGGACGUAUGGCUGUACGCAAGUUGUAACAGAUAGUAAAUAUGAUAGCACUGACCCACCUCCUCCUUAUAGUGAUGUAGUUAAUCAAUGGGACAUAAAUACAGUUAGUAGGCAACAAAAUAGUGAUGUUUGAUGGUCAAAAAGACUUAAGUCUUUCAUUUGCCCAUAGUUGUGAUAAUCUACCCGUUUUCAUUAGAGAUCGGGCAAGGUCAUCGACAGCGAUAUCGCUCUUCCUGUGUCCUGCAAAUAUUAGCAAGGCUUCUAUGCAGCCUGUGCUUUUACCAUCAUGUGUCGAAAGGCCUAAUGUUCACAGUGCCUCAGAGUUAUGCAUUUGUUUCCCUGUUUUCUCAAUUCUUUUUCUGUUGCCAACUAUCUUGGUCCAAGUUAGAUUGGUUAUCAAAUUUUAUUAGAGAAAUUAUAAAUUAAGUCAUUGUUCUCCUUGUGUAUCAUUUCUGCAGCUUGUGCACCAGGUAUUUUCUGUUUUAUAAAAGAAAUGGCGCCCAGAGGCGUACUGUGAUACAUCAAUGAACAUGAAGAACGGGCAGUCUUAAGGUGCAUGUGCAUUUCCAGUAUGUGCAUAUGAGUGUGAUUGAAAUUGUGUGUUUUUGAGUGCUGUGGCAUUCUUAGGAGAGAAAAAUGUUUUGAUAGCUCUACCAGAGAGACAACCCUUUAAAAUAUAGUGUAUGGUGCUACACAUAUUAAAUAUAUAUAAAUUGUUGCUAAUGCUCGAAAGAUAUAAAUUGUAUGUAAAAAUUAAUUUUGUGAACUAUAUAAUAAUACAAUUUUUACUUAACUAUCAAUCUGAGACAGAAUGUUCCAAGUUAGACCAAAGAAAAGUAAAAACUGAUAUUGUCCAUUUUUCUAAAUUUUAUGUAAAUCAAACCAAAAAUGUGACUGAAAUGCAAUAUAAACACUGGAUAUUAUAUCAUUAUUAAAUAUUGUUUGUUGAAAGGAUAAUUAAGGAUGUUCUGGUUUAAAUUUAAAAAACACUAGUUUAUAUAAAAUAAUUUCAAUGGUGCUAUAAACUCUGUAAAGGAAAAUGUAAAUUAUGAUAAUUUCUCAAAGCAGCCUGUUUUACUUUGUUUCUUGAAAGUAGCAAGAAUUUAGAAACCAGUUUCUUUUUAAAGAUGAUACGAUUUAACUUAUUAUUUUCUGAAUUUAGUCUCAUGAAACUGAAGUUCUUUUCAAGUUCUAUAUUGCAUUUUAUUUGUUGUUCUCAUUGUAGAAUUUUAUUUUGUUUUUAAACAUUAGUUUCACAUUAAAAAUAUUGAAAUAAUGUUUCAUAUUUGGGGACAAAAACCAUACUUGACUGCUGUACAUGUUUUCUUUGUAUGUGUAUUUAUUGUGAAUAUUUUACAAAUUAAAUGGCCAAAAUCUGACAUUCUCUUGUGAGAUUAAUAUUGUAUUAGUUAUUCAUUUUAAAUUAUAUUUCUUGUGGUCCACACAUGAAUGUUUACUGUGAGCAUCUGAAAAAUUUGCAAGGCCAAAAAUGAAAUUUUUUUGUGAGAUUAAUAUUAUAUUGUAUGAGUUGUAUUAUAAAUUGUUUCACUUUGGUCACAGAUGAUUAAUUAUUUUUAUUAGAUUAGCAUGACCUAAUCCAAUGUUUCUUGCAAGAUUUUAUAUUGUAUUUGUAUUAUUUAUUUAAAAAUGGCUAUCUUAAAAGGUAGAUAUUAUUUUUCAAGAACAAGCACAAAUGAAUUCAAGGAUGAACAGUAAUUUUUUUAAUGAAUUUUAACUUUGUAAUUUAUUUUAACAUCUUGAAGCCAAUGUUUUUAUUGCAAGCUUGUUGUUGUUAACUUUAUGAACAUUCAUAUUAUUGACUGCUGUGAUUCAGAAAGGGGAUUCUAGUAUUUUCAUGCAUAAUGCAGAAAAGUAUUAAAAAAUAUGCAUCAGAUAUAGUUUGAUGAAAGAGUCUUCUAAUUUUUAUUCCUGCUAAAAGUAUAGGUGCAGUUAAUGCAUAUUACUAUGGCAGCUUUGCAACUGUUUUCAAAUGUUAUAUAUAUCUUUCAUGUGUCUGAAAACUAAUUUUCAGUUCUCUGUACAUGUAUAAAAUAUUUCAUGAAGCUUUUCAUCCUGUGUAUAUGUUUUCUACAUGCGGAAAAUAAAGGUUAUUAAAAAAGAAAUUAAAAAUUUUUUAAACUAUUUUGGAAUAUUAAUUUGAAUUAAGAAAUAGCAUAAUUAUAUGUAGUCUAAGUGAUAUAAACCAACAGAACAAAAUAAUAAUUAUUUAAUGCUCUAUUGUUUGCAUCUUCAGCCAGAUAAAAGUGCUUUCACAUGGUGUGCGGGUUACACAAUAUUAAUUUCCAAAUGUCUAAAAAUACACAGUGUAAAGAUCUAUCAUAAUGGUGAACAAUGGAGUGUUUCCAUUAACUUAAGCAUGUUGUAAUUUUAAUAGUGCGACUGUAGUAUAACAACUAUUAUUAAUUAGGAAGUUGAUUUUUCCUGAAAUAUAUUGGUUCUUAUAAUAAUAACUGUUCAUUAGAGGAAGUGUGUAUUCAUUCAUAAUAAUUUUUACCAGAAUAAAAAUAUUAUGAAAUUUGAAGAUAUGGAUGCUGAUAGCCAAAAAACAUGAAGUUUGUAAUUAAGUAUGCAUAUAACAUUUAUCUGCUUUAAUUAUAUUAGCAUAUUUGUUUUAUAAGAAAGAUAAAUAUGUCUUUAUGAGUGAAACUAACAAGCUAGAAAGGUCUCUUGCAUCAAAAUAGUAAUAUUAUUGUACUUUUUAAUAUCCACCUUCUCAAUGUGUUUGAAGGAAGCUAUUUUAUUAUCUUGUUUUAAGUAGUUUGAAUAAUACUGAGUUCCUGUCAUUUUUUAGUAUCGAAUGCAGUCUGCGAGGGGCAUAUUUAAGCUAGUCUAUCUUGUUGCAACGUUGUCUAAUUGUCUCUUUUCCCCUCAGACUGUUUGAAAGACAAUCGAAAAGUAAUACUUUGAAUUUUCAAUUUUUUUCCCCCCUUCUCUGUUAUAGACAUUUAGCUGAUAUGGAUAUGAGAGUAUCCAAUUGCAAGAACAUGAUGUAUAAAUUGGGUUUGACAACCAUUGAGUAAUUCAAAUAGAGCUGUAAAUAAUUAGGUAGAUUUUUUCUUGUGUGCAAGCAAUUUUUCCAGGUAAAUAGAAAAUAUUGAUUUUGAUUGUAUUAUUUGUUCUAAAUGUUUGUAGGAAAUAUCAAGUAUUGAAUCAGAUAAAGAGUAUAAUAAACGCUCAUUAUAUUUGAUAGAUGAGCUAAUAUAUAACCAAAGAUAUAAUGCUUAGGACUUUUUAAGAUUUCAUUCUUUGAUGUACUAUUUCAUUCCACUUCACAUUUUUUGUUAAUAUUUAAAAAUUGUUUUUAGAGGAAAUUUUUUUAAAAAUGAAAUGUUAGUAGUCUGGGCUGUAAAAUUCAGAAUAUUUUUCUAAGUAUGCAUGGUAAGAAUGAAAUGUAGGACUUUUCGCUGUCUAUAGACAGUAUCUUAUAUUUCAGAUUGUUAGAUUUCUGCAUGUGUUGGAAUAUUUUCUGCUAUAAAACAUUUGCCUUAAUGCUUGUGUUCCAAAAUUUUCCAGAAUACUAGUAUAUUUUUUAUAAAGAUAUGAUUCACAGGCAAAAAAAUUUUCAUUGUUUUUAUGACUCUCAAAAAAUAUCUUUGAAGGAUUGGUAUAGUUUUUGGACACCUGUAACUGAUUUUAAAUAAUUUUUUUGUUUUUGAAAUGAAUUGUAAAUGUUGUGGAAAAUGUUCGGAUCUGCUCUUUCACUGUGGCUUUCAUCGUCUGAAAACUAAUUCUGUAAUUAAUGUUUGAAAUUUCAAAAUUUAUAUUUUAAUAAGAAUGGAUGGGUUUCUGUUUUCUGUUUUUAUCAUAGUCACAUGCAUACUACAUUUUUGUAAUUUAACAGAGAUUUCAACUUUAAACCUUCUUUUUUCUGCAAAUAAAUGUUUGGAAAUAACGUUAUAUGUUAAAACAUUUUAAUGUAUAAUGCGUGUUCUUCAAUUUGGAACUGCUUGUGAACAUAUAGUUGUGAAAAUAUUAAAAAAUUAAACAUAUUUUAUUCAUCAUUACCUUUAUAUUCAAAUUUGCCUUAGUUUCCUGUUUCAAACUAAUGGUCUAAAAUAUUUCGCUGCAUUUCCUUUGUGUUUAAGAUUUUGUAAUUUGUAUACACUUUUUAGAUAUGAAGUAUUUGGUUAAAAAUUAAGAUGUUGGUGUACACUGCAUUGUUAUAUUUUAAUAGAUUUUUACUUUUCAGCAUUGUAUAACUUAUGAACCACUGCUUAUGCUCAUGUAUGCAGCUUCCAUACAAAUUAUUAUUAUAGGCCAAAAUUUGUGUUCAGAAUUAACAAUAGAAAACAAACUGAAAAUAUAUUGGUCAUUGAUUUAAUAUAAUGUAUAUUUCAUCUAAGUAGUUUGUGUGGCUUGAUUAUCUGUUCUGGGUUGUGUAAUAUAAUUUGCCUUAAUUCUCAUUCUGAAAGUUUUAAUAUAUACAUUUAUCUGUGGUUUUAAAAAAAAAUUGCACAUUUUAAUAGCUGUCAAAUCUCUGAAUCUUCAUUAAUGUUGUUUAUGUAAGGAAUUUAAUUUCAAUGUCCUUUUACUGCAUUGAGUAAAUAGAAGUUACUGUGUUUCCAGUGUAAUCAGUCUAAAUAUUGAUCAGUCACGUGAUAUUGCAUUACAAUUAAUGAUUGUUUAAAUGUGGUUCCCAUGUUUUUCAAAUUACGUAAACUUUCUAUUUUUUGUGUAAAUAUUCAUUUUCUCCCUUUCUCUGUAAUAUAAUUAUUAUACUGAAUGCAUUGAGAUGUUAAAUUGUGUAUUAAUCUAUUAAAUACAGCAUAUAUUCUCAGUAAUCUAUUAAAUAUAGCAUAUACAUAUCGUGUGUGCAUAUAUAUAUAGAGAGAGAGAGAGAGAAACUUCUGUAUUCUCCCCCAUUUUAAUUUUUGGCUGUUUGUAUUAUUUUUUGUGAUAAAUGCCAGAAAGUUGCUAAUCUUGCCAGCAAACUAGCCCAUGUUAUUUUUGCAUUCAGGAGUUAUUACUUUAUGUAUAUGUUUAUAUAGUUUUAAAAAGAUGUCUUUAAAGAGAAAAGUUUAUAUCUGGUCUUCAUCUUUUGGCUGGCUUACUGUUUUCCUUUAAUAAAUGAUGAACAUGGGAGCCAUUAACAUUAGCAUUAUUACUGCAUCAUAAAAUUCUUUGCUGUGCUUUUUUGAAACUAUUUUGUACACACUGGUUAUCCUAAGAAUGUCAGCAAUCAUAUUCAAGACUUCCCCUCUCACAUUUUAAAUCAGUCCACUAGCUAGAGACUAUGUGAUGUUCUUCUCUUGCGAGCUUGCUGUGAGAACGUGCCAAAACUUGCACGUUCUUCCAUUCAACAGACAGCAGUGUCAACUGUUGUUUGAUAAGUUUGUAGCCUAUGUUGCAUUCACCAUUUGGACAGAAGUUGAAUGACUACAUAACUCGCACUCAACCCACAGCUGAUCUGUGAUCUGCUUCUACAUGCACUUUAUGUAUUACUAUAUUCAGUGUAAAAAUAGUAAUCAUAUUUAACAAAAUGUAAAAUGACGUUGUAUGUAAUGCCUUUAUAGUUAGCUCAUUAUGCUCUAAGUGGAAUGUAAUGUGUAAUAUGACAACAUUUAAAAUAUUUUGAAGUAUAUUAUUGUGAAUAUUUUUAUUAGAAGAAAGGUAGUUUAUACUGUUUGCUACUGGUUUUUGGAAUUUUGAGUCAGUGUGCAGAUAGUUGAGUACAGAGUACCAGUGAAUAUGGCUAUGGUUCCUUUUGUCAUGUAGAAUAUUUCAUUUUUUAUCCAACAAUGCCUGGAAAGGUAGGAUUUCAUUCUUUACAAAUGUAGUUGUAUAUUUAAUUUCUUGUUAACAUUUUACAACAUGUGGGCAUUACAUAUAAUGCCACUCGCAAUGCAUCUACCUGUGACAUAAAUAUUUAUGUUCAUUUCUUUAACUUAAACAUAAAUUUUCUGGGAGAUAUAAAGCUUCUUUUUGUGUAUUCUAACUGCCUGUUGAAAAACCACAUGUAAAAAAAGAGGGAAAAAAAAUGAAAAAAAGAGUGCAUAGAUUUUUUUUUUUUUUUUUAAAUGGCAGUUUGUUUCCUCCCAGAAACAUACUAUGUUUAUUGAACCUGAUAAGCAAUUUGAUGUAAUUUUCUCAUUAGAUUAGCUAUUAUUUAUUUUUACUGUUUAAUUUUAUAGAUUCAUUGCCAUAUCCAUAUUGUUUAAGUGUUUUCAUCCUUUUUUAAUCACUGUUUUACAUCUCUGCCAAAUAUUUUGUGUAAAAAUUUCUUUAAGUGUCUUAAAAUCCUGUUUCAUGUUUUAAUGCUAUAAUUUGUCAUGUAAUAUGCUCAAUAGGACUAAUAUUUAUUAAAAAAAAUUACUGUUAUAAUGGCCACAAGAAAAUGUGUUUUACUUAGUAUUGUCAGAAUAAUUAAUCUCUAUAUUCUUUAAAAGAUGUGAAGAUAUUAUCUGUAAUUGUCAGGAGGCUGCAUUGUUUUGUAAGUUUCAGUGGUAUCACUCUUUUGGAGAUGUAACUUAUUUAAUGCUUAAUAUUAUAAAAAGUCAUCUAUAUUGCAGUAAUACUGGGUAUUAAUAGUCUUAAAACCCUAUUUGUAAUGUAAAAGUUUUCAUUUAUCCAAUGAUAUUUUAAUGUGUUUGUAAUAACUCAACCAUUGUGCACAUAUUUGUAUAGUAUCAUAAUGACAUCUAAACUUUGAAACUGAUUUAAUAUGCAUUCUGUGAUACUUAUAUCUAACUUGAAAUUUAUUAUUUUAGUCAGAAGUUCUGUUUUAGUAGCUGUUUGUUACUUAUUUUUCGCUGAAAAUAUUUAAUACUGUUAUUCUCUGUGGCUAAAUUAUAAAUUUCCAUGCAUAUAGUGUAUUGAUUAUUCAUGAAAAGUGUGGUUUGUCUUAGUACAGUUAGUAGUGCGCUUACAAGAGGAAGCUACUUGUUUUGCUUAAGACGUGUAUGUGCGUCAGCCUUAACUGCUUCAUGUAUUUCUUUUACCAUUAUCAUGGCAUGCUUCAUUCCUUAAUACAGAUAAUUUAUUUUGCAAAGAGAAAGCCAUGGGGCUUUACUUAUGUGGGGAGAGUGCGACCGAUAUUGUAGUCUUGGUAGGCCUUUGGCCUAUAUGUACAUGCUGAAUAAUAAAAAGAACUACAGAGGCGUUUUAUAA